CUUCUGUCUAUAUCACAACACAGCUUGCCAAUAACAUAACCACAGUAUAGCCACAGUAUAUUGUGCCAUGGCUAAGAAAACAACUACAUAUUUGUUUCUAUUCAGUUUUGAACGCUGAAUUUUGCGUUUCUAAACAUAUUAUUACGCUUGUUUUUAAUCAAAAAACUCGUGUGUGAUGGUAAAAUUAAAAGUUAAUUAAAAGGACUGAGACAGAAUGUUAAUAUCGAUUUUUACUUGGUGUUCGUUAGUGAUCAGUGUUGUGGUGGGACAACUGGUAUCGCCCUGUCCAGAAACCUUCACGUACGAGUCCAGGGACAAGGACCAGCCGGACAGAUGGUACGGAGUGGUUCUCUUAAAGUCCCAGGAAGACUUGGAAGGAAUAUGGUUGAGGAUAAUUCUGGACAGAAGUGCAGAACUAUUAGGGAAUUGGUUUGGAGAUACAUCCUCAACGGAUAACAUAGAAUAUACUAUCAGGAACCCCUCGUAUAGAUUAGAGGCAGGACCACCUGUAGCUGUAAGGUUUUUUGUAAAAUAUAACGCAGCCUCCAUAGUACCUACAGUGUCAAAAAUACUGUUAAAUGGUAAGACUCUGUGUCCCACUACAAAAAGAGUGGAACCUCAAUUACAUAUAAGUGUAAAAAAUGGAUCCAGAAGGUACUCAAACGCUUUCAGUGUCUCCAAAUAAUCCAGGUGUAAUAAGAAGACCUCCACCGUCAAAUAGAGAAACCACAAAGAGGCCACUCAGUGUUCCCAGUCAGGAUAUUUCGUGCGGAACAGUAGCAACGCAGGCGAGUCCGCUGAUUACUUUUGGUCAAAGCACUAUCCCAGGACAGUGGCCUUGGCAUGUGGCGCUCUAUUAUUCCAAGGGUCUGGAGUUAGUCUACACGUGUGGAGGAACCCUUAUAUCAGAGAACUUUGUUUUGACAGCUGCUCAUUGUAUUACCAGACCUCGUACGAAUCAAGCUGUCAAUCAGCGAAACAUACUGGUCUACCUGGGAAAAUACAGUUUGUUAAGUUUUGGUCCUGAAGUGCAAGACAGGAAAGUGGACCAAAUUAUUAUUCAUCCAAGAUACAAUGCUACAUUAUUCUAUAACGAUCUGGCACUUCUAAAAUUGGACAGGCCAGCAGAAAUAACGAAUUAUGUUAGGAAAUGCUGUCUAUGGGAGGAGAACGACAAUCUCCAAAAUCUGAUCGGAAAACUAGGCACUGUAGUUGGCUGGGGAUUUGACGAAAACAGAAAGCUCACGACCAACUUGAUGCAAACGAAAAUGCCCGUCGUCUCUUCAGACACUUGCAUUUUUUCAAAUAGGAACUUUUUCUCGCAAUUCAUAUUCGAUAAAAACUAUUGUGCAGGAUUCAGAAACGGGACAUCUGUGUGUAAUGGAGACUCUGGCGGAGGUAUGGUCUUCCCAAAAGCCGGGACAAGUGGAGCAGAUACUGUAUGGCAGUUGAGGGGCAUAGUUUCUGUUAGUGUGGCCUUACAAGGAGAGGGCACUUGUGAUCCUUCACAUUUCAUGGUUUUUUUACGGAUGCUUCUAAACACUUAAGCUGGAUUAAACAAAAAAUAAAUUAUUGACAAAUUUGACUCAUUAUUUGUUCCAAGAAAGCUGAAUUGUGAUACCUAUACUAUGUAUAAAGGAUUUUUUUAAGGUC